CGCGGACAAAGCACCGGACAGCGCCGCGAGGAUGUCAUUCGGAGGAGGAGCCGGCUCCUCAUUCUCCUUUGGUGGAGGCAACAAUAACAAUCAACAGGCCAAGCCAACAUUCGGUUUUGGCAAUCAACAAAACACAAGCACUUCACAGCAGCAGCAGUCGCAACAGCCAGCAGCUUCCUUCUCCUUUGGAGGAGCUGGUGGAGGGUCAGGUCAGACCUCUGGAGGAGGGGGAUCGCAGCAGCCACAGCAGUCUUCGACGGGGGGAACGUCAUUCAGCUUUGGCGCGCCAGCAAGCAAUGCUGCUGCCCCUUCGUCGUCUGCUGCCGCUCCUUCGGGCAGCCUCUUUGGGGCUGGCGGCGGCACCGGCGGUAGCGGUGCUCCGCUAGGUUCGACUACGCCAGCCUCAAAGCCCCCCUCGGCCUUCAGCUUUGGUGGUGGAGCAUCUUCCUCGUUAGGAGCGAGCACCACACCUGCCCAAGCACCUCCCUCGAAUCUCUUCGCUGGCUUUGGCAAGCCAGCCGGAACUGGAGCGCCGGCCGGAUCCGCUCCAGCGCCAGCAUCUGGUGCUCCAGCCUCUACUGGAUCUGGUAAUCUGUUCGGGCAAGCAGCCAACAAACUAGCAUCAGGAGGAUUCUCAUUUGGAGCUAGCAACAACAACAGCAGCACCAGCACACCUCCCCAAGGUCAAGGUGCCCCUUCGACCGGUGGUGCUGGCGGUGGAGGAGCAACCUUCAGCUUUGGUGGCAAUGCUGCAUCCGCGAACAACUCAACACCUGCGUCUACCACGCCCGCACAGGCACCCGCAAGCGGAGGCUCCUCGUUCAGCUUCGGCAACAAACCUCCUCCCGUGCCGGCGUCUUCGUCGGCAUCGUCGUCUGGUUUCUCGUUUGGAAAGCCGCCCGCGGCUCCGUCCACCGCUGGGACCUCCACGACAACGACGAAUCAAGCAGGCGGCGGUGGUGGCGGCUUCAGUUUUGGAGGCGCGCCGGCGGCUGCUUCUGCGCCAGCCUCCUCGUCUGCCACAUCGACCUCGACCCCUGCAUUUUCUGGUUUCAAGCUCGGAGGCACUGCUCCUGCACAAGCAGGCCAAGAAAGCGAGAAGGACAAGGCAGCGGCUCCGACGACUACGUCUGCGCCCGAGUCAACUGGCGCCAAGCCCUUCAGCUUUGGCUCGACGCCUGCUGCCUCCUCUUCAACAAGCGGCGGCGGCGCUGGCAAUCUCUUCGCGCCCAAGCCAGCCGCUGGUGGUGGUGCUGCUGCUGCUGCUCCUGAAGCUGCCAAGAGCAGCCAGGCACCGGCAUCCGCCUCUGGAUCCAACAGUUUUGCUGGUUUCGGCAAGCCAGCUGCUUCUGCUGCUAGUGGCACGGCACCAACAACAACAACUUCAGCCAGCACCGCCGCGGGAGCUACUGCCUCCUCGACAGGUGCAGCGCCGCCUGCUGCUGCUGGCUUCACCUUGGGCGGUGGUCCAGGUACAACGACGACGAGCAAGCCCGGCGAGAGCGCUCCGACCGGCCCCACAGCGACCUCCUCGUCGACGACCGCCGCCGCCGCGGCAGCUGCUGCGCCCAUUUCAUUGCCGCCUCCCUCACUGCUUCGGGGAAGGAGCAUGGAGGAGAUUGUCAACAAGUGGACUGCCGAGCUCGAGUCCGCCACGAGAGAGUUUGGCCGUCAGGCGCAAGAAGUGGCCGCAUGGGACUCUGUUCUGCGAAAGGGCGGCGACGAGAUCUCGAGGCUGAUGGCCCAGCUGCAGGCGGCCGAGGAGAGGCAGACGAGCAUUGAACAGACGCUCGAUUACGUCGAGCAGCAGCAGACGGAUCUGGAGAGCCUACUGGAUGGGUACGAGGCUCAGGUCAAUCUGCUGCUCGAGGGUGCCGCCGCAGCUGAGCAGGGUGGCAUCCUGGCCCACUCGCACAUUGGCGGGCCAGGACAGGGUCAAGGUGGCCAAGCGGGAGGAGAGCAUCAGACGGCACCGACGACUCCGCCAAGGAAGAUGGAGAUGGGCGCAGCCGAUGCCGAGCGGGAAAGGGCCUUCGCCACGGCUGAGUCGCUCAACUCGCAGCUCGACGAGCUGUCGCGCAACCUCUCGGCGAUGAUCGUCGAUGUCAACCAGCUUUCUUCGUCCUCGUCGCAGCAGCAGCAGCAGCGAAGGGCAGCAGCGGCCGGAAGGGACCCUACGCCCUCACUGCUCAACAGCGGCGCGGCACUGCAGCAGCAGCAGGCUCACACGGAAGACGCCGUCGCGCAAAUUGUCGCCAUCCUCAAUGCUCACCUGGGAAGCCUGAAGUGGAUCGAUGAGGCUGCGAGCAAGCUGAGGGAGAAGGUCGAGAAGCUUCGAAGGGGCCAGCUGGCCAACAGCGCCGCGCCGGGCUCUUCCUCAUCCUCGACUGCGGCGCCCAACCGGGGUGGAAGUGUCCUGUCGGCCUCUGCUGCCGGGCUCAGCUUGCGGGAUUCUGUCGGACCUGACGAGGGAGGCUCGUAUGGACGCGGAGGCUCCAGGGCGCCGAGCGUCGGGCUGCUGUCUUCCUCGGCAGAGAGGAAGCCCAGCGUUGGCUACGGUGGCAGUUACAGGGCCUCUACGCCCGGACGGAGCGCUGGCGCAGGCUGGAGCGAGGCGAGCGUCAACUAUGGUGGCGGCAGUAGCCUCGGAAGAAGCCGAGGUUACGGCCUCUAGCUGCACACACACUCUCUCUGUUACUACACAGGAUGUCACACAAACGAGA